GCAUGCCAUUAGUGGAAUAACAAUGAGACAGGUCGAUCACAACUAAAUAUAUGUUAGUUUCUUUGUGUACACUAUUCGACCACAUACAUGCAUAAGGUAGAGUGGGUUUCAAGUCAUUACCCAUAACUAUCCUUUUUAUAUUUUCCUUUGCAGCCUCACCAAUCUCAUUGCUUCACACCUUCUCAUUUUAUAAGAUCUUCCCAAACACAAAUAGAUAUUAUAUCAACUUAUUAUUAUUCUUAUUUCAUAACUAAGAUAUGAUUUCCAUAAUCAAUUUUCAUAUUUUCUCUAUUAUCAUCUCGAGCCAUGGAACGACAAGAUUGGGCCAUAAUAGAAAAACAAAGGAGUACUUGAAGAGGAAGUUUAGAAAACAAAAGAAGGCGGCUCUAGCUCGUUGUGCUAAGGCAGUUAUAGGGCGGAAGAGGCCUCGGAAGCCGCCUUGUAGGAUGGCGUUGGACGAUUUCCGGUUGGAAGAAUUGGAUGGUUGCAUGGAAGAAGUUGAGAAGGUGUUGGGAGAAAUGUGUAAUAGAGGUGAGUUUGGAUUUGGGAGCUUUUGGAGAGAAGAUGAUAAUUAUUUGGAGGAUGAUUUUAGAAUAUGUUUUGUAAAUCAACAACUUGGAUAUUAUGAUGAUGAUGGAAAUUAUCAUUUAGUUCCAGUAUUUGGUCCUCUUACUAUGCGAAUAGUUUAGAUUUAGUUGAUCAUAUAUUUAUUUUAUUAUUAUAAACUAUAUAUUUGUUGUAAUUUGAACUGUGAUUUUUUGCUUCACAUCUAAGUUAAAUACACAUGUGAAGUUUUA